AUUCGGGUGUGUGGAAUUGUUUAAUAUAGCCGAUGGAAUUCCGUCGCUUUGGACAUAAAUUCAACUGAAUCCAGCAUGGAAAACUCAGACAACAACUAUACAGCUGUUCCGAUGGAACAAAGGCGACCUAACAGCGAUCACAAAGAACAUGCCUUGGAAAAACCUUUUGACGAAGAGUUCUGGGUGAAGGUACAAGAAAAGUUUAAUGCAGGAGAUGUGUCGUGGAAUAGAGCCAUGGAUGAAGUUCGCACUGACAGACUGAUAGCCAUACAUGGUGGAAACACCCUCUUGGUGAUCAUUCGUGAUUGGCCAAUCAGUGAAAAGUAUAGAGAUAAACCAGAACUGAUAGCAAGUCUUGAAUACCUGAUCAGCCGUUUUACUGAAAUUAUUUUAGACAAAGACAAUGACGAAGAGUACAAGUAUUUCCGUGUGGAUGAAGACUUCGCUCGUCCAACUCUGCUUCACCUGGCUGCAGAACAGAAUUUUCUUCAUGUGACCAAGUUGCUUGUUGAAAAGUACCCUUCACUUGUUUACCUAGAAACAGAGGAAGUGGCUGGUGAAAGGCCAUAUUUACCUGUUGAAAAAGCUCUGAUGUCACACAAGGAUGAAACAGCGGCCUAUCUGAUAUCACAGAUGAAACAUGACUGGGUCCAUGAACUGUUUUUGUAUGACAAUGACAUGAGGUUGAAGAGAGCCAAAUUUAAAUUUACGGAGAUCAUCAGCCACAGAGAUCCAGAAACAAAGAAACUGAGGCGAUUCAACAUCCUGUGGUGCGAAUGUUGGUUAUGAGGAAAUGGAAUACGUUUGGUCAUUGGUGGUUUUGCGUUCAAGCGUCUUUCUACAUCGCGUUUCUAACGCUGUUAUCAUACGCCCUCAUCUACGCUUCCACCCUUGAAGAUCCAAAACAGUACAGUGGUCGUGCGGACGGUCUGCGUGCAUUCUGUGAAGUUAUCACUAUUAUCUUUCUGAUGUUUUAUUUCGUCGAAGAGAUCAACCAGGCCGAACGGGAGUGGAAAACUUAUUUCAAGGAUCCUUACAAUUAUUUUGAUUGGUUGGGUCUCAUUUUGACCUUCCUUGUGAUUCCUCUUCGAUUUGCCGAAGUCAGAUCUCAGUGGAGUGUGGCAGCCCUCGGUUAUCUGUUUAAUUUUCUCCGACUUUUCAAGUUUUCGUGCGUUACAAGAACUACUGGUCUGUAUACCAAGACUCUUGCCAAGAUCAUCUACCGUGACAUGACUCGUUUCAGUGUGGUGUUUCUGAUCGUCUUCAUCGGAUUUUGUGGCGCCAUGUUUAUGGCGCUGAAAGCCACAGGCUCGCAAGAACUCUUUACUAAUUACGCCUGGUUGAUGUUGGCGGCCGUACGAGCUCUUGUUGAGCAGCAACCGGCUGAAGAGGACUACUCGAAGUUCAGCUGGUUAGCGAUACUCAUUCUCCUGGCCUACAUGGCGAUGGUGAUUGUGAUUCUGCUCAAUGUUCUUAUCGCACAGUUGAGUUACACGUACAGUGAAGCCAAAACCAACGCAAAGCUGCAAUACGCUAUCGAUCGAAUGCGAAUUGUUACGCGCCUGGAGCACAGCAGAUUUGCCAGAUUUAGUUUAAGAGUGAAAUACUACAAGCAGGGCGACAGAGUCAGUGAAACAGAACUGGCCAAAGAGAUGCUGGAGUACAGUGAUGAAAGACGACCUUGGGAAUCAAUGGAGGAAAAACUGACUCUUAUCAGAGACCUGAUGAGAAAGGUUGUGCGAAAAGUUUCCGAAAAAUCGGAAUGAAGGUGGCAUCGUCAAAUCCUAUUUGUUGUCUAUUUAGCUAAGAAUAUUAUUUUAUUUUUCCUAGGAUUUUUGUAAAGAAGUUAAAUAUUUUUUUUUGUUGAAGAUAACUUUGUUAUAGCUCACGGUGCAAAUGUUUUGUAACAAUGUUAGUCUUAGUUCCAAGUACUAUUUUCUUUUCUGGUACAAAAAAGAAAAAGUGGGCAACAUUUUAUGAGUACAGUCCAACGUUAGAAUUUUAACGCCCCUGGAAACGAAUUUGUUAGUUAGCGCAUUUGUCUUGAGAAAUAGGAAAGAAAUGUAAAAUUUAAAACAAAUCCCCGCGAGUUAACACCAGAAAAAAAAUCGUCUUUAGCGCUAAAAAAAAUAGCUCUUUGGAUAAGGAAGUUCGAUCUUGAAUAUUUUGGUAAUUUUCAAAACUCUCUCAACAUCGCCUCUAACUUCUGCAGGUCUAAGAUCAAAAGCGAUCUCGUUUGGAGACUGAAAUAGUAUUUCAAGCAUAAGUAUGAACUACAUUUUAUUAAUAUGUUUCCUUUUUACAGUUAUUGAAUUACUUUUAGAGAGGUAACCUAUGUGAUGAUUUGGUGUUGACCUCUUUAGAAACAUUAAGGUAUUGAUAUUUGCGUCAACUAUGAGGUAGCCGUUACCUAGUGCUCAAGCAGAAGAUUUUUCUCAAUAGGGGAGGUAUGAGUGUGGUGGGAGGGUUCCACACUUGUGUCUUGCUGAUAUUUGAGGACCAUGACAAGUCCAUUCUUAUCAUAACCUACUAUCACUUUCUGAAAACUAAGGGGGAACGUCCAUGAAUAUAGACCCCCCCCCCUUUGUCACGCCCAUAUGUUACCCUCUCCUACAUGUUCCAGUUAGCAGAAAACUAGUUUCACUAUAUAAGUCAUUUUCUUUAUUGAGAAAAUAACGUGAAAAACGAAAACGUGUUUGAAGUUGCUUGAGCUAAGUAUUAUAUUAGAAACAAAUAAACAAGAAAACAAGAAAUUAAAUGUAUUAGAAAAAAAUUGAAGUUAAAAAACCCCUUCCCGAUCCCUCUUACUGAAACUAUUUCUUCCCUCAACAAACUUGUUUGGUUAUAUCAGGGAUUACAUUGUAGCGUCUAUAAUCGCCUAAAG